AUGUCUAUUUUGAAUGGACUUGACCUGUGGAUACAGCAUCAUUAUGUUGUACCCUCUGGUUCAACUUACGAAACAAACCAAGGCUUGUUUUUUCUAUUAAUAGAAAAUCAAGAACGUGCAUAUAUAGCCGCAAGUCAUCGAGGUGACAGGAGUAUAGAAGCUCGUAUUGAAUCGGCUCGUAAAGCAUCAGAAAUUCAUAAGAAACGUACUGGAAAAGCUCUACGUAUUACUCCAGAAGAUGUUAGAAACGAGGAAAUGUAUCAAGAAGUUGACGAGGAAGAAGAAAGUAAAUUGGAACAAUAUCAUCAUGAGGUGAUCGGCGAACAUACUAGAUCUCAAGGCCAUAUUUCCCAUCUUAGUCCUAGAAACUCCUAG